AUGUCUCUGCCCACCAGCGACGAUAUUCCUCACGAUCGAGUUGGAACCCACAUUCAACUCCUCAUGGACUGGCUCCAAACACCGUACGACAAAGCGCACUUCGAGGCUACCCUUCCGCAAUGGAAGCCCGCACUGCUGGCUGUCGAGCGACUUCGCCUCGAGAUGCAGGACUGCAUCGACGGAGAGAACCUUGCCGGAAUGCCGUGGGUCGAGGUGAUGCAGCUUGUACAAGCAUUGUGUACGCUCUUCUUCCAGGACAAGUUCAUGCAGAAAGUGGACGAUUGGGAUUUCGACUGGCUCAUUCGAGCUCGGCUUGAAGAAGUGCAAGAUGGAGAAGACGCGGAAGAUGAGCUGUUGUACGGGUGGAUGGACAUGGACUAUAUUGACGGCAUAACUUUCCUUCGAGUCAAUGCACGCCUUCAUGAGAAUGUGCUCGACCUGCUCGGCACAUUUUUGCACGAAAUGGUGCACAUAUUCAUCUACAAGUGCUUUCGCUUCGAGCAGUUGAACAUUCGGACGCCUGAGAAUGCAGAUCCCAUUCGAGUAUUUCACAAGCUGGAUGGCGCGACAGGUCAUGGGUACUACUUCCAGCGACUCACACGGGAGAUUGAGAAGAGAUGUGGCCAAGUCUUGUCACUUGAUAUUGACCUCGGACGUUUUGAUGCUGCGGACUACGAGUGCAAAGACAGUGGCAUUGUACCUGAUCUGCAGUACUUCGAGGAGUUAUUCAGAGACGACCGUCCAGGUCAAGAACUUGCUGCGAAAAUAGCGUGGGCAGGAAUCACGCAGCUGCAUAAAGAGAGGUUACAGGCCCGGAGGAACGCCAUGACUGAGAACCCCAACGAAAUCGACCUCGUGGAGGAAGGACCUGAGACUCUGACUCAAGGAAACGAGAAAAUCAAGAGCUCGAGCGCAAGGAAAUUGAUCAGGAAGACGGGUGGAGGCUUAGAAGCACAGCAAAGAUAUGUGGAAGAGUUAAACGUGCGGCUCAGAAAGAUGGAAGACAGGGCUGGAGACAUGGAAGACUACAAAGGAUCACUCCAACAGCGUAUCAAAGACCUCAAACACUUUAUGGAACUUUUGGAGGGCAAUGAAGGAGACGAUGAAAAUAAUCCAGCUGCAUCUCUGAUCCCGGCUUCGGACGUUGAGAAGUUCCUCAAGAGCGCCAGCUAUGUCUUUCUCCUCGACGGACUCUGGGACGACAGCACCGAAUUCCAACUCACAUGGUCCAACGACACAGAGAAGAACAAGAAAGGCUCCAGCCUCACCCAGGAUUCAACCCAUCAGCUCCGCAUGCAUACGGUCCACAACAAGUCAGGCCCCGAAGUGGUCAGCGUGCUCUUCCACGAGAUGUUGCAUAUGUUCAUCAGAAUCUCUGAGGACAAAAAGCUUGCACAAUCUGUCGAGGCGAGGGCCACAGCGCUCUUGGGCGUGAAGAUUGAUCUCGGGCGUCAGGAUGCGUGUUUGGAGGAACUUGUCGCAGGCGAGAUGACGGCAAGCAUGGAGUACUUCGAAGCGUUGUGGAACUCUGACUUUGAUGCGAAUGGAGCUUUUAUGGCGAAGAAGGGCUCCGAUUGGGCCAGUCCGCGUGCGAUUGAAUCCGCGUGCGAUUGA